AUGCCGCCACUUGAAAACCUUCCAGAUGAAGUACUCCAUUACAUCUUGCAAUUUAUUGACGACUCCAAAUUUAUCUUUUGUUCAUGCAUGAUAGUUUCAAAGCGAUGGUUUGAAGUUUCCAACACAGUGGGGUUGCAUUUGUGUUUUUCUACAACUGUUGGAAAUGAAAGAUUACGGAAAAUAUUAUCAAGUCCCCUUCUCACAAGUUUGGAAUCAUUGGUUAUUAACACGGAAUGGCUCAAAGCAGGCUCCUGUAUGUAUUUUUGUGAUGAAGGUGUGGAGGUGAUUGCGACAUGUCGGAAUUUGAAAAAUUUGAGAAAAUUAUGUUUGAGCGAGUCUCGUGUAUCGGAUGAGGGUGUUCGAUUGUUGUGCUCAUGUUCACAUUUAAACCAUUUGAGGACGCUUUACCUGAGUGAUAAUUAUUUGACUGUGGAAAGUGCACAAUAUUUAGCGGAUAGUCAAGUGAUGAGCAAUUUAACAGAUUUACACUUGUAUGGCAAUUUCUUUGAAGAUGAAGGAGUCAAGCUGAUUGUGGAAAGCGAGAACAUGAAAAAUUUACAAAAUCUCGAUCUAAACAGCAAUUCAAUCACCAACAAUGGUGUGAAAUGUUUGUCUAAUAGCAAAUUUAUGAAUCGCUUAACCAGUUUAGAUUUGAGUUGUAACUAUAUUGAUGAUGUAGGCGCUUCAUUCAUUGCCAAUAGCCCAUACUUGCUUGCCUUGAAGAUGCUUGAUUUGUCUCAAACAAAAAUCACAGAACGGGGAAUUGAGGAAAUAGAGAAGGGUUUGAAAAUGAAGAGAAAUGCUAAAGGAAGACGUUUGACAUUCACAAAGAAAUAA